UAGAAUCCCUCCAACAAACACCAGACUCCCUCCAACAAAAGACAAGCAAGAAUGGAUGUCACUGCAAGAAACGAGUCAGAUAUCGAAAAAAUGAAAUGCUCUAUACCUCCUUGUGAGUAUUUCGGCAGCGCCAGCGGAAUGCGACAACACAAAUCCGACUAUCACACCAAAGUGACUGUAAGUCAUGAUCACGGAUCGUUCCAUUGCGUUGGUGUCCCUGUAUUUUCAAAGAACAAGCCUGAGCUGGAGUGUUCGCAAUGUCAAGAAAAGUGCAGCAACAGAAAAAUGUUUAAGAAGCACGCGAGUUUACUGAGGUGUCCUUGGUUUGCCACCGAAAAUGGCUUGAAACAAGUUGCGGAUCUAACCAAGGAUCAGGAAUUUGGUGCCAUUGCCUCCAACUUUCUGAAGAACUACUGCACUGAUGUCGGUGAUGAAACUUUCGUGGAUGAUGAAUCUUUCAGUUACUCAGUCUUGUCUUGUGAUGAGGUUGUGGCAUCCCUUGAAGUCCAAGGCAGUGAGGAUUCGUCUUGUCACAGCCCGAGUCAGAGAGAAAAAAGGUCAUCCUCUCCUUUGCCAUCUUUUGUGACGAAGCGCUUGAACAUGUCUGCUCAGUUGGUGAAAUCUCGCUAUGAAGAAGGCAUUUUUAGACUUGACGUGAAAUUCAGCAUGUCAGGUCGGGAUCUUGGCGUGAGGGAUGUUGGAACUCCAAAAACGCCUGCCGAGGGUCUGUUGUCGCUUUUGUCAGAUUCGCCGAACGUUAAACUGAUUGAGAGCACAAGUUGGAUUGAGUUUCCGACUUGUCAGCGACUUCCAAAAGAGUGGGAUGACAUUGUUUCUGGAUGUUGGCUCGAAAAGCCGAUCCUUAAUUACGCGACUGCUGUUUUGUUUGCUGGUUGUGUACUUUUCAAUCCACAAGACAGGAACGCAAUUCUUUGCCUUGUUGCAGAAACGUACGGGCGAGAUCGUGAUGUUGAUGUUCACUGUGAAAAGCCCGUUAGAGUUGGUGAAGAGAUCUCCCCAGUUUCUCAGCCAUUAACCUCUGGUUCAUAUCCCCAUGCCACUGUUUGUCGCAUUCAGCACGACAAGAACGACUUUCGCCUUGUUAUCGGUUGUAAGGUUUUCAACGUUCUGUUUACCCAGGUUUGGCGAUUGAGCAAGGAUUCUUCCUUCGAACGCGCAUUCACCGCCGGUUGUUGCUCAAGUGCUUUUCCGUUGUUUGGGAGGAAGGACAUCAAAAUUUUCGUUGACAAGCGUUCAUUUGAUUUGGCGUCAGACAUUGUGUCCGGUGUUUUCACUCCACGGUUUGAAGUAGAAAAUCUCAGACAGAUCCGAUCUCGCCUCUGCUCUACGCACUCUUUUCGAAUGGGUCGAGCGUCCAGUCACAUUAUCGCCAACAUGGUGUCUGCCAAAGUAGCAUCGAUUUUUACUUUGAGUCUUGUCUCACAGGGAUCUGGAGAUGGUUGUCUGGUGUCAUCGUUUCUUGGUCGCAUCGCCAAAGAAGUGAAUGCAAGAGGUCGAGAAGCGGUUUUGAAGAAGGAAUUCGUGUUGGAUCUUUUAGGUGAAGUCAAAAAUGAGAAGGACUGCCUGGUGCCACUCAGGGAGAUUUUGAAUCUCUUCAAGGACAAGCAUGAGAUUUCGAUUCUUGGAAACAACCGCUUUUCUGCUCUGGAAAAUUUGUUGAAUUCACUCGCGGGCUUCGUCUCAACCAAGUUACGCAACUGCAACGAAAAGGUCGUGGUCCCACUGCUGAAGCAUGAGAUGUCCGAGCUCUCGUGAUUGAUUCCGUUGCCGUUGAAUGCUUGACGUAAUGGACAAGAGGACCUGGGCGAUGGGAUGAAAAAGAUCAAGGCGCCGGACGAGGAUGAUUGUGCAGUUUUCAGUUCUUUUAAGGAAAUAAAUAAAAGCUUGAUCAAGCGAACUGUUGACAAG